AUGGCAGACUCGGAGGCCAGGAGGGCCAGAGGCUCUGAAGAGGUAGCGGCCAUAUGCGGCACUGUUACAGAGUACCCCUGCAGCAUCAUCGUCGCUAAUACCGAGGUCUUGCGCAUUAAGCUGGCAGGUGAGCCGUUGCAAGUGUCCAGCCGAGAGCGACGGGGUUCGUUCGAUCUCGGUGAUCCUCCGCGCUGUGUAUUCCUCGUCGGCGGUGCUCGCCAUCGUCGCGUUGUUCCAGUUUUCGUCCACGGGGCCUUUUGCGCCACGGUCAAGGUUGUAAGGAAACAGUCCGCGAGGGACUGGGCGUUCCAGGUUGCCCGCGAAACACCUGGCCUGCCGAGGGGCACUGCAUCCAUGUACAGUGUGGCUCGCUCGUACGGCCCCCCAUGGCUGUCGGACGACUUGGAGGCCGUAUUAGAGCCGGGCGGGGCGCAGUCGGGUCUGACGCGUUCCGAUAUAGGCAGCUCGACUGUCUGUACACUGAGCAGGCGACGUGGGUCAGCGGUGCCAACAAGCGAAGAUGAGGCGGAACAUACUAGGUGGCCAGAUGCGCGGAAGCGCGGGGAGUAUGCGUCUGGGUCGAGUGCGGAGGUGGACUUGGAGACGGAGGGGGUGAGUGGAUGGCCUCUGCCUGUGGUGCGCCCUUAUAUGCGUUCCGGGAACGUCGGUGGCCAGCCGUUGCCUGAGGAACAAUGGCCUCGUGGAUCGCAUGCAUCGCCAGAUACAGUAUGGUACGCCGUGGUGGGCCACCUGUGGUCAAAGCGGCCAGGGGCCAGCGGUGGCUCAAACACGGGGCCGGCCUCGUCGGCGUGGUGGUCUCUAAGUGAGACGACGAGGGCGGCCAAUGGAGAAUUGCGCGACUCCGAGUCGUCGUUAUCGAAGCUGGGGCGGUAUGCACGGAGGGUGACAAUUCCCACGGUCGCUGGCACGGUGCAGGCGCAUGAGUGUCGACAACCCCCGUGCCUAACUGAUAAGUGUACCCAGCAAGACACAGGCACAAUGACAACUUCGACCGUGGCCGCAAGCAACGACGAAGGCCACGCACCCCAUCUCAGUGGGGUGUUAUGCAUUAUGGUCAAUGCUACGGGCGAUGUGCAGGAUGUUAUUGAGCCGCAUCACGCAACAUACAGGAUAUACUGAGCAAAACAACCCAAGCUAUCGACGAGUUUUCCGAUUCCUCCCGCAAGGGCUACGCGACAGGCGUCCGAAGACACACCACGAUCUGGAGGACAUGUCGGGGUCUGUGACGGCGACACGGCUGUUCCAGACUUGGACAAUACGUGUGCUCUCUCAUGACAGCCG